UGACUCGACCAUGCCGGUGACGUCUCGGGUGUGCUUUGUGCGGUUCCAGGAGCAGGAGUCUGUGGGGGUGGCCCAGCACCUCACUAACACAGUGUUUGUGGACAGAGCUCUUAUAGUUGUGCCCUAUGCAGAAGGUUGGUACCGCAGUAAAAUUUGCCUGUUGAAAACAGUGUAGUCUCUGUGAGUUCCUCUUGCACAGACUUUAAAUCAGUGGCUCUUGCUGCUGAAAAUCUUAACCACUGAGUAAAGUCACUUUAGUCAAGUGCACACUCCACUGGACAGGUCCUGAGCAAGUGCUUACACAUGGACUUGUGCUCCAAAAGACCUGAAGUGGAUUGAGGUCAGCUUGGCUAUAAAAUGAUGCAUGUUUCAUUUAGUUUGUAAAAAAAAUGUCAGUUGAGGUUAGAUUUUAAAGCAGGGAUCUGCAGCUCCACGUCCUGGAGACCAGUGUGUUUAUGUGCACAGCUCACAUACUUCAUUUUUGUAAAACCCAUGGUUGGUGGUGAAAACUCUAAUUUUUAGAACAAAACCUCGGCUCAGUUUAGAGCUAUUUAUACUUGCACUUAAAAAUCUUUUUAUAGAAACUUUCAAGCAGAAAGCAGGCUGAUUUUUAAUAUACCUAAAUAUAGCCUAUAAUUACGGGAAAAUCUCUUAAACUGGAACAUAAUCACAUUUGGACUAAUUAAGGGAAAUACUAACUGCAGUGAGUUCAGUGUUUUUUUUUUUUGUGUUAAUAGCGUUACACAAGAUUUGCUGUAGAAGUUAUUUAUUAAAAAAUAUAUAAAUAUUGGUAUUUUGGUAGGCCAUUAUUGCUCAUUGUUCUCAAACCAAGACCACCUACAUCUCCAUUUAACACAACUUAAUUUCUUGGAAAACAGGACUACAUUGCGUCCUCACUUUUGUAUGUGCUUCUGUGGCAUUUUUCUCUGCUCAUUCUUUGCCAGUAGAGUUUUGUGUGCUCUGAAGAUCAAGCCCACCUGCAGAGGAGAGACUUAGACUGUGAGUAAGGUUCCUGCGAGAUAUGAGAGCACCUCACAGGCUUGGUCAGGGAUUUACUAAGCAGAACGUGCAGCAGGAGACAAGUGAAUGGUUCAUUUCACAAACUUGGUCUUUAAAUAUAUAUACAUAUCAUUUUUUUCCUUUCCCACCAGUUCUUCCCCAUGUUAGACUGUCUCCUAUUAAAAUGUUCUCUUGUUGUUUGUUUGUGUGUGGUUUUUGUAGUGGAGAAGGCAAACGCAGAGCCCCCUCCCUGAAGGCUGAAAGUGGUCCUCUCCCUGCCAACAGGCGACUGUAGGCAAUUACAAAACGCCAGCCGCCACGCCUUUUUGUCCCCCUCCCCUAUCUUUCUUUCUCUACUCUCUCUUCUGUCUCUCUGUAGGUAUUUUUAUGUUAACAGUGUGCAUAGUUUGCCAAAAAGGCCACUAUGCAUAGUUACCAACACUUAAGCAUUGUAGAUCUCUGCCAACCUCUUGUGUUGUUUUUUUUUGUUUGUCAAUCUCCACAUUUUACUGUAAUGCUCAGAGGAGGUGUCACCAUAUGGACUGAUUCACCAGAAAUGCACUUCUUUUUCCCUGGCUCUGCCAGUCCUGUUUACCAGGCCCAGCCGAAAAUACAGCCCUACAGUUUUGUCUCCUGCAGCCUUCUUUCUCGUGUUCUUUGUUUGAAAUGCGUUUUAAUGUGUUCUCUUUGUCAAGCUUUGUUUUAUUUAUUUAUUUAUUUUUACUGCUAACACAAUCAUGUGUAAUAAGUAUUAUAAUAAUUGAUGUUGGUAGGGAUGCACCGAAAUGUACAUUUGGCAAGUUUUCCCUAUAUUCUGCCACUUUUUUUUCACGUUUGAGCAAAUUGAACAGCAUAAAGUUGUUUUCUGUUAAGCUUUUCAAAGAAAAAGCAAUUUCAAACCACAUUUUUAUUAACAAAUAUUUUUAAGGAACCAGCAGAAAUGCUUUUUCUCUUUGCUUCAUUUGAGCUAUUCAUCUUGAAGGUAUAUCUGCUGUACUAUUUUAUGUUUUAGUUUUAACCUUACCCUAGUGGAGCUGUUCUAGUCUUACAUUUACCUCAGUAGUGCUAUUCUAAUGGCAGCCACUGCUGAAACAAAUCCUAAUGCAAUAUGCUGAAAUAUGACUGUCCAUAAAUUUCAUCUUAUUGCUCUAGUUAAUCAGUAGCCAAUUUUGGCUGAAUGGUUUCCGUUGCUACAUAUUCGGUGCAUCCCUAGAUGUUGGUGGAUUUGUGAAGUUCCCCCUCCCACAGAAAAUAAGUCUGAGUAUAUUUUAGGGCUUUUGUUGGGACUGAAAUAGGGAGAUGGUCUUAUUUAGCUUGUAAGGAAGUGUUCAAGUGUAAAGCAGCAUUGCUUGUUCAGCAUUUGUUAAACGUGCUGAAUUGUAGAUAAUGUUCCUGUGUGUCAUCAGGUAAGGACAGUCCCUAGCAAAAGCCCAGAUUUUAACUACGUGUAAGAGGAAAAACAUGUAGUUCUACCUGUCUUGUCAUUUUUAAAAAUGAUAUUCUGUGUAAAUCUGAAGCUCAUUACUGUUCUUCACAAUCUCUCAAAGUAUUUUUUUGUGUUGUGUAUCUCGAUCUUUCUCUGUGCUUUUAGCGAAGCUGCCAACGUGAGUCGCUUGUUCAUAAAACGUCUAUAUGAAAGUUGAAAGCACAUCCCCGGAGAAGCCACUGUGCUCGCUCACGUUUGGUUCAUGACUUAAAUUACACGCGUCCAGGUGAUCACAUCUUGGCAGUACCAACUGCAGUAGUGUGUCUUUUUUUUUUUUUAUGACAUUUCCCCAUCUUAGCUUCGCACACAGUGAUAAGUGACUUGGACAACGUUUUUUUGAUCAAAAGAUACCUAAUAAGAGAAAAGAGUCGCAGGUGGUAAUGACUUUGGGGGGCAAGUAUGUUUAUUGCUUGAAAAUCUGAAUGUUUUUUGAUGUUUUCCCUUAUUUAGCCUCUCCUGGUAUAUUUCUUGCUCUAAUUCUUACUCUUUUAAUCUUAAAGGUGUGAUUCCGGAUGAGUCGAAGGCUUUGUCUCUGCUGGCUCCUGCCAAUGCUGUUGCUGGGCUUCUUCCGGGUGGAGGACUGCUACCAACACCAAACCCUCUAGCUUCGAUGGCAGGUGUCCCAAUGGGUCUUGGCGGUCCUGCCAUGAUGCCAGGAGCUGGCAUGAAUCCCCAGGCUCUUUCGGCUGAACAGCUGCUGAAGUUAAUGUCGUCAGUGGAUCCCAAAUUGAACCCCAUGGCUGCAGGUAUGGCCCUGAAGGCAGAUGCUUCUAACAAGGAGAUUGAGGAGGCUAUGAAAAGAGUCAGAGAGGCCCAGUCUCUGAUCUCUGCUGCUAUAGAGCCUGGGAAUAAAAAAGACAGCAAGCGCAAGCAUUCCCGAUCCAGGUCCAGGUCUAGAUCCAGACGAAGGAGAUCACGCUCUCGCUCCCGUCAUAGGCGGUCCAGCAGCAGAUCCCGCAGGCGCUCCCGCUCCAGGAGCCGCAGGCGCUCCAGGAGUCCUAGAAGGAGGAGGUCCCGCUCCAGAGACAGGGGCCGACGCUCCACCAGCAAAUCCAGGGAUAGAAAGAAAGAGGAAAAAGACAAGAAACGCUCUAAAACGCCUCCAAAGAGCUACAGCACCGCCAGGAGAUCCAGAAGCACCAGCCGGCGACGCAGAAAGAGUCUUAGCCGGUCUCCCCGAAGAUCUCCUAAGAGAAAAGUAUCCAGAUCGCCAUCACCACGAAGACACAAGAAGGAAAAGAAGAGGGAUCGUGAGAGGGAAAAGGACCGGGAGCGUGACAGGGAUAAUAAGAGGUCUGAGCGAGAACGCAGCCGCGAGGACUCUGAUCGCUCCUCCAGCAAGAAGAAAAAGAGCAAAGAUAAGGAGAGGGAGAGGGAGAGAGAGCGGACGUCUGACAGUGAGAAACGAGAUGUGAAGGUCACACGAGACUAUGAUGAGGAAGAACAGGGCUACGACAGCGAGAAGGAGCGGGAGAUGAAGGAUUCUGAGGAUUCCGGCUCCUCCCCGACACAUUACGCAGAGGACGGUGAGGGUAAGCACAGCCCCAAACAGUCCAAGCAGAACGGUGACGACCACCAUGAAGAACAAGACAUGGAUGUGAGCGACUGAGGCAAUAUUACUGAAUGAACAUUGGAUGGAUUAAAUGAGAAAUAUUGUGAUUACUUUCGCCAACUUGGCUAUGUAUCUAUCCUACUUUAAUAACUUGAGAAUUUAAUGUUCUUAUCCUCCGUCUCACCCUGUGCUGAUUUAGACUGGCUCAUCCAGGUUAACUUAUAGUUGCGUUGCCCUUCCCCCGUCUGUCACAUGUAUUUGCCUUACAGAAGGGAAGGAGGUGUUUGGUUAAAGAGCAGAUUGGCCAGGCGUCACUCUGUAUCUGCCUCCCCUCAACUAUACUGUUUAUUUUAAGUGUUCCACCGACUGUCAUCUAAACGCAAUGAGUCGUUUUGUUUUUGUCUUGUUCAGUUGUCUUCUCACCCGUACUACCAUUCCUGAGAGAACAGGACAUGGUGUUGAUUGUCCACAAAAGUGUAUUGUUUUUUUGUUUUGGGAAUCCUUUUUUUGCCCUUCUCAAUGUUUUGAUACCAAUUUUCGGAAGGUAUGUCAUUUUAAAUAGAGUGGAUUCAUGAUGUAUGUAUAUGAUUAGUGAUUUAUAUCCUUAGGUAUCAUACUCUGUAGUCAGUCAUCCUGGACUUUAAAAGUGUCAAGUGAAUUUUUUAUACUGUAAAUAAACUCACUUGAGUGGAAAACA